UUUUUUUUCAGUGUCACGAUGAAAAACUUUAUGAAAGUGAUUUCAGUGUUGGUGUAUACUGCUGUCACCCUGGGUUCGGGUUCCCCAGCAGAUCCCGAAGCCUGCAGCGGACUCGACGAACCCAUCACAAAGCGUAUCCCGAAAGAAUCCCAUUCCGGGCUGAUUCAGUCCCCGAAUUACCCCAAAAGUUACCCAGCAUCCACUUCCUGUCGUUGGCGGGUCACGAUCCCACCUGGGUUCGUCUUCAACCUCGCCUUUGACCAAAGGUGCUUCGGGUUGCAGUCCACUCAACGGGGUUGCCUCGACUGGCUCACCAUCCGGUCGGAUUCCACCAACUUGACCCAGUGUGGCACAAAACGACCCCCAGACAUGCAUUUCAAUUACGAGGAUGAUCUCGAGCACACUAUUGAGAUUGCUUUCAAGUCUAGUCGGUCUGAACACCUCUGCGGAUUCUCGGCCAAAUACACGCUGUUUGACUGGAAAAACUCGCUGUGGAACGUCAGUGGGUGUCAAAACAGCAACCGGACUUGCGUCAACAACGGGAUUUGCGUGAAAGAUUCCUGCCUGUGCCCGGGGGGAUUCAGCGGGGAAAACUGCGAAUGCGAAGACGCUUGCCAAAAUCCAGCCAAUGCCGACUUUUGUUCCGCGAAGGGUUCGAUGUGCGUGCCAACAAAUUGCGGGGAAUUUGCUUGCCACUGUUUGAAAGACGGCUUCUUUUACCACAACAACGUGUGUCGGGACAUUGAUGAGUGUGCGUUGAACGCUUGCAAUACUGCGCAAACUUGCGUCAACACUCCUGGAAGUUUCAUUUGCGAAUGCUCAGGAAAACCAACAGCGGCAUCUGAUGUUUGUUCUGCAAAUUGCGACCCGGGUUGGCACUCGUUCACCGACAAGUGCUAUUUCUUUUCGCGCUUGGAAGCCUCGCAUUCCGACGCUAUCCAGGAAUGCGGUCUCAUGAAUUCAAGCCUGGCCAGCAUAAAUUCCAGCCUCGAAAGCCUCUUUAUUGGCAUGCAUUCGAACAAAGCCAUGGCCUGGAUCGCACUCAGUGACGAAUCAUCAGAGCAAACGUGGAUUUGGCAAAUGGACCAACAUCAUCAAAACAAAGACAGUCAAGUUGUCAAAUUCUCGAGCUGGGCCAUUUCUCAGCCCGGGGAAGGAGAUUACGCCGUUCUCGUCCCUAAACACUGGAAUUUUGCAGAAUGUUCUUCAAAGAAAAGAUUUCUUUGUGCGGGGCCCGGAAAACUCGGAUGUCCGGGUUCUUGGCAGCAAAUACCCGACGAAGACGAUCAAUGCUACUACAAAUCAAACUACGAAGCCGACUUUGACACGGCCCGGAAACUGUGUCGCUACAUGCACCCAGGUGCUGACCUGGCCCGGAACCCGGCAGCCGAACUUCCGGCCGAGUUUUGGGCCAAUGACCACGACACUUCCGGGUUCGCCCACUACUGGACCGGGUUCCGACGUCGAGCCAAUGCAGACAGGUGGACCCGUGUCGGCGACGACACAGCUGCUGUCGACCUCACGUCACCAUUUUGGCACGUGGCAAUUGAUGGGAUAGUCGACGGACUCAUCGACGCGUCCGACGAGAGUGACGAAUGCGCUUUCGCCUUCCCGAGUGUUUGGGCAGCGUUUAAGGAUGAUGGACCCGUCAAUGGACGCAGGCCUGGAUUUCUUUGUGCGGGGCCCGGAAAACUCGGAUGUCCGGGUUCUUGGCAGCAAAUACCCGACGAAGACGAUCAAUGCUACUACAAAUCAAACUACGAAGCCGACUUUGACACGGCCCGGAAACUGUGUCGCUACAUGCACCCAGGUGCUGACCUGGCCCGGAACCCGGCAGCCGAACUUCCGGCCGAGUUUUGGGCCAAUGACCACGACACUUCCGGUUUCGCCCACUACUGGACCGGGUUCCGACGUCGUGCCAAUGCAGACAGGUGGACCCGUGUCGGCGACGACACAGCUGCUGUCGACCUCACGUCACCAUUUUGGCACGUGGCAAUUGAUGGGAUAGUCGACGGACUCAUCGACUCGUCUGACGAGAGUGACGAAUGCGCUUUCGCCUUUCCGAGUGUUUGGGCAGCGUUUAAGGAUGAUGGACCCGUCAAUGGACGAAGGCCUGGGUUCAUUUGCCAAAAACCCGCAAAUAAUCACUAA